AUGGGGGAUAGUCAGUACUCAUUUUCUCUUACCACUUUCAGCCCCUCUGGGAAGCUUGUUCAGAUUGAACAUGCUCUAACAGCAGUUGGGUCUGGCCAGACAUCUUUAGGGAUUAAAGCUGCUAAUGGAGUUGUCAUUGCAACAGAGAAGAAACUCCCAUCUAUAUUAGUUGACGAAACAUCUAUUCAGAAAAUUCAGUUAUUGACGCCAAACAUUGGAGUUGUUUACAGUGGAAUGGGUCCAGAUUUCAGAGUUCUGGUUCGUAAAAGCAGGAAACAGGCAGAGCAAUAUCAUCGGUUGUACAAAGAACCAAUCCCUGUUACCCAACUUGUGAGGGAAAUUGCUGCUGUUAUGCAGGAGUUCACACAGUCGGGUGGUGUAAGGCCUUUUGGAGUUUCACUGCUGGUUGCUGGCUUUGAUGACAAAGGUCCACAACUAUAUCAGGUGGACCCAUCAGGUUCAUACUUUUCAUGGAAAGCUUCUGCUAUGGGGAAAAAUGUUUCUAAUGCAAAAACAUUUCUUGAGAAAAGGUACACUGAGGACAUGGAACUUGAUGAUGCUGUCCACACUGCAAUAUUGACCCUGAAAGAAGGGUUUGAAGGACAAAUUUCUGGCAAAAACAUUGAGAUUGGCAUAAUUGGUACUGACAAAAAAUUCAGAGUUCUUACACCAGCUGAAAUUGAAGAUUACUUGGCCGAAGUGGAGUAG